CUUAUCCCUCGUUUUACACUAAGUAUAGAUGACUGAAACUAAUUUACCCAAAAUUUUGACUUAUACUCUUUUGCCCACACACGAUAGAUAUAUUAGUUCAUAUUGUAGUCAUUUUUUUACAGUUUUAGGCCCGGUUCAGUGUCACAAAUGUUCGAGAAUCUAUAAGCACAAAAUAACCCUGAACAGGCAUUUGAAAUACGAAUGUGGAAAGAAUCCCCAAUUUUCCUGCCACUUUUGUUCCAAAGCUUACAAACGCAAGGAUGGCUUGGAACAUCACUUAAUAACCACUCACCAUACUGGAAAUGAUUUGACUUGGAAAAGUGGCGAUUUGUUUUUCUGGAGAUGAUGUAAAAAAGGGUGACACAAUAAGAGAAUAAUUUAGAAAAUUAGGAUCCGAUAAAGCACAUACCCCAACUCACUAUUGCGAGAGAUGUCAUAAAGUAUACAAGCACAAACACAACCUAAAGAGGCAUUUGACGUAUGAAUGUGGAAAGCAGCCUCAAUUCCGAUGCAUGCUAUGCAAUCAGAGAUACACGCAGAAGAGCAGUUUGCAAAAUCAUUUGAAACAUAGACACAACUUGUCUUUGGUUAACAGUGAUAUUGUUUGUUCUUAAUCAUGAAUUGCCUGAGAAGCAGGUACCUUAUCAAUAA